GAAGAGAACGGACCACAACAAUUUGGGAACUCUUUUGCCAUGGGUCCAAAAAAGCAUCGUCGGUCCCGUUCUGGCUCUCGUAGUCGGAACCGGGAUCGAAACAGGUCCAAAAUAAGCAGAUCACAAUCACCCGAAGAGAAGAGAGGCCGGAGUCGGUCCAUUGAUCGGAACAUAAAACCCCGGAGAAUUGCGCGUUCUGAGAGCGGAAACUCGAACAGCAGUGGUGGAUCUACGAGGCGACAAGGACAGCSGCCCCGUAGCAGAGACCAUCCCGGAUCGAGAAGCGACUCAGACAGCGACAAGAGACGUAAACUGAAGGGCAAAUCAAAAGACAGAUCCAGGUCUGACUCAGAUGAUCCAAAGGGGAGGAAGAAAAGAGAGAAGAGCAGAAGAGAAGACAAAGGAGAGAAGAUGAUUGGCAGGAGCCAGUCCCAGUCCGACUCAGGGUCUAGUGCAGACCGGAAGAGUUCGAGGGACGGGGGGAACAAUGACCGGGAGAGGAGAUGGCGGAGGAGUGCAGACAGAGGGAGCAGAAGCCCCAGCAGAGAAAGGGAACGACAGAUGCGGGAGAGAACGAGGGACAGGGAGAGAAUGAGAAGCCGAGACAAGGACCCAAGGAAAAGUCGAGACAGAGAAAGAAGCAGCCGUAGGAGUGAAGACCGUGGGAGGAGAGAAGGAAGCAGAGUGAAGGACCAAAGGGACAAAGAGCGUAAUAGACGUCGCUCUGGAUCCUCUGACUCGUCUAAGAGCUCUGGGUCGGAUGGCGGGGCCCGUGGAGGCAGCCCGGGGUCUGGAGAGGCCGGUCCCUCUGUACGAGAUGAGAAGAAGAACCAGAGAGAGAUGUUGAAGGCCCUGGAGACCCCAGAGGAGAAGAGGGCCAGACGACUGGCCAAGAAGGAGGCCAAGGAGAGGAAGAAGAGRGARAAGAUGGGCUGGAGUGAGGAGUACAUGGGCUAUACCAAUGCAGACAACCCCUUCGGAGACAACAACCUGCUGGGCACCUUCAAAUGGCAGAAGGCUCUGGACAGGAAGGGCAUUGGCCAUCUGGGGGAGAAGGACCUGAAGGACAGGAACAAACGUAUCCAGGAGGAGAAUCGCAGAGAACUGCAGAAGGUGAAGCAGCUGCGUCUGGAGAGGGAGCGAGAGAAGGCCAUGAGAGAGACCGAGCUGGAGAUGCUGCAGAGAGAGAAGGAGGCAGAGCAUUUCAAAACCUGGGCGGAACAAGAGGACAACUUUCACUUGCACCAGGCCAAGCUACGGUCUAAGAUCCGUAUCCGUGAUGGCCGUGCUAAGCCCAUAGACCUUUUGGCUAAGUACAUCAGUGCUGAGGAUGACGACCUGGCUGUGGAGAUGCACGAACCUUACACCUUCCUCAACGGACUCACCGUCACUGACAUGGACGACCUGCUUGAAGAUAUCAAGGUAUACAUGGAGCUGGAGCAGGGGAAGAAUGUAGACUUCUGGAGGGAUAUGACCACCAUCACGGAGGAUGAGAUCAGCAAGCUCCGGAAACUGGAGGCAUCUGGAAAAGGCCCAGGUGACCGUCGUGAUGGCAUUAACACGUCAGUGAGCACCGAUGUUCAGAUAGUGUUUAAGGGAAAGACGUACAGCCAGCUCCAGGCGCUGAACCUCAACAUGGAGACUAAGAUCCGAGCUGGGGGAUCCAACCUGGACAUAGGCUACUGGGAGAGCCUGAUGCAGCAAGUCAGGGUCUUCAUGGGCCGAGCACGGUUGAGAGAGAGGCACCAGGACGUGUUGCGUCAGAAGCUGUUCAAGCUGAAACAGGAGCAGGGAGUGGAGAGUGUGCCUCUCUUCCCGAUCAUCAAAGAGGAGCCUGAGGACGAGGCUGUGACCGAGAGCGGGAAAGACACUCCCUCAGAGGUGCCCGGACCCUCCUCUUCCAUCAAUCAAAAGAGAGAUGCAGAGGAGAAGGAUGAGCAAGUGGCGGGCCCAUCCACGGAGGGAGACGGGGAGAAAGAGGGGGAUGGAGAGGAGAAGGGUGAGGUGGUAGAGGCUGUUCUGACAGAGGAGGAUUUGAUCCAGCAGAGCCAGGCAGAGUAUGACUCUGGCCGCUACAGUCCCACACUGCUGCUUCCCUCAGAGCAACCGCUGGACACACACACCAUCACACCUGACGAAGACACACACAAACUACACCUCUCACGCAGACAGCUCGCCGUCACAGGUGAUGCCAAUGAGAAUGCAGAGGAUGAGUUUGUGCGUCGCGCCAAACAGGGCAUGGGCGGGGACGAGGCUCAGUUUAGCGUAGAGCUUCCCCUCACAGGGAAGAUGUACCUGUGGGCUGAUAAAUACCGUCCCCGGAAACCUCGCUUCUUCAACAGGGUCCACACAGGCUUCGAGUGGAACAAAUAUAACCAGACCCAUUACGACUUCGACAACCCUCCGCCUAAGAUCGUCCAGGGCUACAAGUUCAACAUCUUCUACCCGGACCUGAUCAACAAACGUUCCACACCGCAGUACUUCCUAGAACCCAGUCCCGACAACAAGGACUUUGGUGUUCUGCGGUUCCAUGCGGGCCCGCCAUACGAGGACAUUGCCUUUAAGAUCGUUAACCGCGAGUGGGAGUACUCUCACCGCCACGGGUUCCGUUGUCAGUUCGCCAACGGGAUCUUCCAGCUGUGGUUCCACUUCAAGAGGUACCGCUACAGAAGAUAGAACCAGCUGAGUUUAGAACCUCAACAGUCCAACACCAGCCUUGGGCCUGGACCCCAAUCCGGACCAGGAAACUCACACUGCCAGGUUUUAACCAUAGAAAUGGAAUGUAUAGAUCAGACAUCACAUCAGUUGGGAUCAUCAGUAAGGUUCAUAUGUGUUCUAGCGGUUAAUGUUUAGUCUGAAGGCCUAAAAAUUUUUUUUUUUACACACUUUGGAUCUACUGUGUUUUUAUUGGUUAUCUUAGUGUUAACCUUUCUCCUUGCUAUUACUACGGCAGCCCUGCCCAUUCUGUUGUCACAAAGAAUGGUUUAUAUUUUAGUUUGAUCAGAUAGGCUUUCAAUGUACCUGUCUCUGAAAUUACAUAUUAAAGAUUUUUUCCCGA